GCGCCACUUCCCUAUUCACCAACCCCGCCCCCGACCGUCCGGGAUCGCCCCGCCUGCUACGUUACGCCACUAGCGCAGCAGCCCGGACGCAGCCAGCGUAGCAGCACCUACUGACCGCCCCCCUCACGCCGUCUACGUAAUCGCUUUGGAAUCAAUUUGUGGGCUACGCAGGCGACGUAGCAAAGGUGGUUGGCUUGUGCUAUGGUCGAAAAUAACUGAAAGCCCACGUUCCGACCUUCCCCCACCAAGCUGGAGACCAAAAGGGCUAGAAGCUGCUAAUUAUAAUCUGAGGCUUGGUUUUCCGAAAGUUCUUUUCGGAAACGAGGUGAAGGGGGCGGGGGGGGGAGGCAGAGAUAAUUAUAAGGAGAGCUAUUCACGAAACGCGCUGGUACGCCGAAGGCGGCAGCCGACACCAAAACAAAGUAGUACCCAAACAGAGGAGCCGGGUCUCCGGAAAGGAAGGAGGGCAGAAAGAAAACACAUAUUCGGAGAAACGCAGACAACGCUUAGGCUCCGAGAAGGAGUGGACCAAUAGGGACCGGAGAGGAGGUCCGAAAGACUAGACCCGGUCUCAGUGGUGGGAGGAUUCGUGGGCGCCCCGCCCCUUUCACCUGGAGGGGGCGGGGCGUCGGGCCGUGACGCCAUCAGAGGGCGCCGGAUGAGGGACCGGACGCGGAUUAGAGAUGGAGUCGGUGUUGGCUCUGGGCGGCCUGGUGCUGCUGCGGGACUCCGUGGAGUGGGAGGGGCGCAGUCUCUUGAAGGCGCUUGUCAAGAAAUCUGCACUGUGUGGGGAGCAGGUCCACAUCCUGGGCUGCGAAGUGAGCGAGGACGAGUUCCGUGAAGGUUUUGAGUCCAGUAUCAACAGCCGGCUGAUUUACCAUGACCUCUUCAGAGAUCCUCUCAGCUGGUCACGGACGGGGGAAGCCCUUCCAGGGGGACCCCUGGGAGCCUUGCAAGCCAUGUGCAGGAGGACGGACCCUGGUCCUUUCACCAUCGCUCUCGAUUCACUGAGCUGGCUGCUGCUGCACCUUCCCUGUACUGCGGUCUGCCAGGCACUCUGUGCCUUGAGCCAUCAGCACUCCCGCCCUGGUGGCAGCUGCCCGGCAGAGCCCGUGCGAGUGCUAGGCCUGCUCCAUGAAGAGCUCCAUGGCCCAGGCGCCCUGGGAGCCCUGAGCAGCCUGGCCCAGACCGAAGUGACCCUGAGUGGGGCAAUGGGCCAGGCUUCGGCCCACAUCCUCUCACGGAGGCCCCGACAGCGCCCAGCCCAUCAGACUCAGUGGUUCUCCAUCCUGCCUGACUUCAGCCUGGAUCUCCAGGGGGGACCCCCGCUAGAGUCCCAGCCCCACCCAGAUCCUCACACACCCCCGGUGGACCCCACAGCUCAUGUGACCUUUAACCUUCACCUGUCCAAGAAAGAGAAAGAAGCCAAAGACAGCCUGACACUGCCCUUCCAGUUCAGCUCUGAAAAACAGCAGGCUCUCCUGCGGCCUCGGCCUGGCCAGGCCACCAGCCACAUCUUCUAUGAGCCAGAUGCGUAUGACGACCUGGACCAAGAAGACCCAGAUGAUGACUUGGAUGUUUGACUGGCCUGGAAUUGGAAGGGAGGAGAAAGACCUUGGACCCAUAACCAUCCUCCCAUUGUUUGUAUUGGCCUUGCCCUGUCCCUGCCCCCCCCCCCCCCUUUGUUCUGGGGUCUUGCGAGGCCCUGCCCCAUGACCUGUGAGUCAGAGUAGCUUCCCAUCUGGACAGAAUGUGGGAAAGGGGCAUUAGGGGAAGGUGCCUAAUAAAGUCUUUAUUUUUCUA